GCGUUUUUCAGAAAUUACACAGCUAUUAAGGUCAUUGAGCUCUUCGAGUUCUGCAGUUUCAGACAAAGAGCUCGUGGUCGCGCAGUCGGUUGCGUUAUCCGUCGAGUAAUAAUCGAGUGAUAGUGUCCGCCAAUAUCGAGCUGUAAUUUUGACAUAAAAAAUUAAAAAAUUUGCACUUUAGAAAUUGCGAUUAAAAUGAAUUAUUUUAUAAUAUACGUGCUCAACUUCUCAUUAUUAUUGAAUAUAAAGGUGACAAAUCAAUUUACUUUGGGCCAAUUCGAUAGAAAUCGUCUGGAAACCUACGAGGAGAUAUCGAGUGAACAAAGUGACACCGAUAUCUUUGCCAAUCUAACUUUUCGCUUUACUUGCAAAGAUAUGCCGUCCGGUUUUUACGCCGAUGUGGAUUACAAUUGCAGGAUAUUUCACGUUUGCGAAAAUUCCGGCGAUGGAUUCCCAGUGAUCUGCGCUAAUGAUACAGUAUUUGAUCAGAAACAGCGGAUAUGCACGAACGAGGAAAAUAUUGAUUGUCAGCACGCUCACGAAUGGUAUUACUUGAAUGAGUUAACCUAUUCUGCGGAAAUCGAAUCGAGGACGAUCACAGAAGAAAUCAUAGAGGAAAAUGAAUCGAAAGUGGUUCAAGAGGAUGUAAUACCUUCUGUUUUGCCACUCGUGAUUGACUAAAAAUAUUCUUAUUUUACGUUAUGUUAGGUAUUUACAUACGUAUUUAGGUAUUUACAUAUUUUACAUUUGUACCGUUAAAUCAAAUUAUUAUACGUCAAACAGGUUUGAUUGGAAUUAAUUAAUUUUAUUUUUUUCUCUGUUAAUUACGUUCCACAGAUGCGAAGUUUUUAAAAGUAGUUUUUUUUCUCUAAUGCCA